AUGGCUCGUGGCCGGCACCUUUGCGCCGCCGUGCUUCUGCUGGGCGCUUUGGGGGGAGGUGAAAGUUGCAACCACAUCCUCCCUGCAGCUUCCGCCCAGGUGAACUACAACACCAUCAUCGGCUGCUUGCAAGACCGGCAGCAGGCGACGCUCGCGUCGGGUACUUUCCUCUUGCCACACGGUAUCCAGCUGCCAGCGAACACAAGCCUUUUUGGCGCACCGCCCAAUGCGACGGUUCCGCAGCUGACGACACGGCUGGUGCUGGCCGUGCCGACCGCCAUCACCCACUACAUCCUGCGAUUAGGCUCGCACUCCGAAGUCAGCUGGCUCUCCGUGGAUGCCCAGGAGAAUUUGCUGGGUGACGGCUGCUGCAAGUGCAUUGUCGGGAUCUAUGGCAACUUCUCGCAGGUCUCCUAUGUGGAGGUCAUGGGCACCAGAACUGGAGUGGGUGUGUACUUCGCGAGCCCCACCUCCCACAGCAAUGCCGUAUGGGAGAUGUCUGUUCGCGGCGUCUUUUACGGAGUCGCGUUUGCUGCCGGGCUGAGUGCGAGGCAAGUAAACCUGUUCGAGCACAGCCUCAUCGAGGAUGUUCUCUGCGAUGCCGUGUCCUUUGCCGGUUAUGGCGAGGUCCGCAAAACGAUGAUCCGACGAGUCGGCUCUGCCUGUGCCGCCACUGUGGCCCCGGGGGAGGCGCCGGCAGGAGCAGGCUUUUUCUGCCGUGGCAGCUGGGAUGGCGCGCUCAUCCACUCCAACCAGGUGGUAGACACUUGUGGCAUGUCCCUGGACGUCGACACCUGCGCUCAUCUGGAUAUCUUCAACAACACUUUCUCUGGACCAGGCUACGACUGGGAAGGGAACUUCACCCACUGCUGGGGCGCAGUGACUGCUGUCUUACUGGACUCGCAGAUGGUGUCCGUGUCGAAGAACCUCAUCAGCAACCUUCGCGAGUCCAACCGGCUUGCAAUGUCCGAUGGCGAUGUCCAUCAGGUCUUUAGUGAGGUCGAUGCCGUUCCCUUCUCGGAUCUUCCGAACGGCACGGACACGGUACUGGCUUUCGCGCUGCUCCAUCGGCCACAUGCCGGGGCCUGGCCCUCCAUCAACAACCAGAUCUCCAACAACUCCUUCACAUGCCGCUGCCCUGGAGAGAAUGCCACCUGCGCUGGGCUGGCCUACUUCACCGGGCGCGGUACCGGUCUGGAGGGGCUGCGCCUCCCGGGCCAUUCCUGGGGCGAAAGGAGGCCGACGCAGCCAUCGCACUUUACUGGGAACCUCGAGGAUGGAGACCUCGGUUCCGUGAGAUGUGGCAAGAACUCCUACGCAGAGGCGGAGCCAGUCUGCCGCAUAGACUCGGACUUCCCUUGCAAUGCGGACGACUACGAACACCCCGAGGACAACUUCCGGAACAGCCUCGCCUGUGUUGACUACUCGGACGUGAUCCACGAGCGCCUUGUGGAUGAAAGCUCCGGUAGAUUGCGGCAACCGCUCCCCAAUGUCAGCCCACACAGGACCCCCGGGGACAUGUAG